UCCGCCAUCUUGUGCUUCCGCCCAAGUGCUGUCUUUUUCUGUCCCCUGUUGUUUGGUGGAGGACGUUUUCGCUAAAACGGCGGAAUUUCACGCGAUUUUAAUAAAAGUUAGAGAAUAAAAAUGAGUUUAGCCAACGCAAGGCCUUUGGUCUCUGUCUAUUCAGACAAAAAUGAGCAAGUUAAGGACAAGAACAUCUGCUUGCCCGCAGUGUUCAAAGCCCCCAUUCGGCCAGAUAUUGUAAACGAAGUUCACCAGCUAGUUCGCCGUAACAAUCGGCAACCUUAUGCCGUUAGUGAGCAAGCAGGUCACCAGACAUCUGCUGAAUCUUGGGGUACUGGUCGUGCUGUCGCUCGUAUUCCUCGUGUACGUGGUGGUGGUACUCAUCGUUCUGGUCAGGGUGCUUUCGGUAACAUGUGUCGUGGUGGUCGUAUGUUUGCCCCAACUAAAACUUUCCGUCGCUGGCACCGCAAGGUAAAUGUCAACCAACGCCGUUAUGCUAUCGUUUCGGCUAUUGCUGCAUCCGGAGUUCCAGCUCUCGUCCAAUCUAAGGGUCACAUCAUUGAUGGAGUUUCGGAAUUCCCCUUAGUCGUGUCCGAUGACGUGCAGAAGUUGCAAAAAACCAAGCAAGCUGUCGUAUUCCUUAGACGCAUGAAGAUCUGGGCUGAUAUCCAAAAGGUAUACAAGUCGCAGCGUUUCCGUGCUGGUCGUGGUACAAUGCGUGAUCGUCGUCGUAUCGCUCGUCGUGGUCCUUUGGUCGUUUACUACAAAGAUGAAGGUUUGCGUCGUGCCUUCCGUAACAUCCCCGGCAUUGAGACAAUGAACGUUGACAAAAUGAAUUUGUUGAAAUUGGCACCAGGUGGUCAUGUUGGACGUUUCGUCAUCUGGACUGAAUCAGCUUUCGCACGUUUGAACGAAUUGUUCGGCUCAUGGAAAACACCAUCAACCUUAAAGAAGGGCUACAAUUUGCCACAACCAAAAAUGGCCAACACUGACUUGUCCCGUUUGUUGAAAUCGGAAGAAAUUCGCAAAGUGUUGCGCGAUCCACGUAAGAAGGUAUUCCGUCGUGUCCGCCGUCUUAAUCCAUUGUCCAAUGUGCGUCAAUUGAUCAAAUUGAAUCCAUACGCUGAGGUAUUGAGACGUCGUGCAGCGUUAGCUGCUGAAAAGCGCACCAUUGCCAAGACAGUGGCUGCUGCCAAGAAGAAGAACGUUGAAUUGGCAAAAUCACACUUUGCUGCAGUGGCAACAAAAGCGCAAGCCAACCGCACAAAAAUGCUUCAAAAAAUUUUGGCUGAACGUAAGAAGAAGGCAGCCACCAAGAAAGCUGCUGCUAAAAAACCAGCCCCAGCUAAGAAGUAAAUUGGAUGGUUCCAUAGUUAUGCUUUUCUCUAUUUGUAAUAGAAGAGUAGUUACAAGAGUUCUAUUCAUAAUAUAAAAUACUUUAUAAAAAAAUCAAGAGUACUGUUAUUAUUUAAGAUAAUAUAUACAUCCAGGAGUUUUA